AUGGGCCAUCCCAACACCGGAAUCUCCUCCAAUGCCAUGAACAUCACGAACUCCUUCUCCAAAGGUGAUUUUUUGGUAUGUUGUUUUAGUUUAUUAUUCCAUUAUUUAUUUAGAUUUUAGGUAAAUCUCUUCGUAUUUAUCGAUGCUGAAGCCUCACGCCUCGUCCGGUACAACAAUCGCCCCACCUUCUAUUCUGGCGAAAUCCGGAUUUCGUUCCGUGUGAUUCUACCCGGAGAAUUGAUCAUGAACGAUGGUUCAACGCUCCCACUUCAUCCAUUACUGAUCCCAUACGGCCCUCUUUAG